GCUUCUCCCGGCUCCUGUCAGUGCGGUGACUGCGCUGGGAAACAUGGCGACCGAGGGAAUGAUCCUCACUAACCACGACCACCAAAUCCGGGUUGGAGUCCUCACAGUGAGUGAUAGUUGCUUCAGAAAUCUUGCAGAAGAUCGCAGUGGGAUAAAUCUCAAAGAUCUCGUACAAGAUCCUUCUUUGUUGGGUGGGACUAUAUCAGCAUACAAGAUAGUACCAGAUGAAAUAGAAGAAAUCAAGGAAACCCUGAUAGAUUGGUGUGAUGAAAAGGAACUUAAUUUGAUAUUAACAACUGGAGGAACAGGGUUUGCACCACGAGAUGUCACUCCAGAGGCCACAAAAGAAGUAAUAGAACGGGAAGCACCAGGGAUGGCCCUGGCAAUGCUGAUGGGAUCACUUAAUGUUACACCUCUGGGCAUGCUCUCUAGGCCUGUAUGUGGAAUCAGAGGGAAAACUCUCAUAAUUAACUUGCCAGGUAGCAAGAAAGGAUCUCAGGAAUGCUUUCAGUUCAUACUACCAGCCCUACCUCAUGCCAUUGACCUUUUACGUGAUGCCAUUGUAAAAGUAAAGGAAGUUCAUGAUGAACUUGAAGAUUUACCUUCCCCGCCACCACCUCUUUCCCCUCCUCCCACAACUAGCCCCCAUAAACAGACAGAAGACAAAGGGGUUCAAUGUGAGGAAGAGGAAGAAGAGAAGAAAGAUAGUGGUGUUGCUUCAACAGAAGACAGUUCUUCAUCACAUAUAACCGCAGCAGCCAUUGCAGCCAAGAAGCAUCCAUUCUACACCAGUCCUGCUGUUAUCAUGGCACACGGUGAGCAGCCCAUCCCUGGUCUCAUCAGUUAUUCCCAUGAUGCAACAGGCAGUGCAGAGGAACCGAUUCCAGACUCCAUCAUUUCUCGUGGCGUUCAGGUGCUCCCACGAGACACAGCCUCCCUCAGUACUACUCCUUCGGAAUCUCCCCGUGCUCAGGCUACAUCUCGCCUUUCUACAGCUUCCUGCCCGACACCAAAAGUCCAGUCCAGGUGCAGCAGCAAGGAGAACAUUCUCAGAGCCAGUCACAGUGCUGUCGAUAUCACCAAGGUGGCUAGAAGACACCGUAUGUCUCCUUUUCCUCUAACGUCUAUGGACAAAGCCUUUAUCACAGUCCUGGAGAUGACUCCGGUGCUUGGGACAGAAAUCAUCAACUACCGAGAUGGAAUGGGGCGAGUCCUUGCUCAGGAUGUAUAUGCAAAAGACAACCUACCCCCUUUCCCAGCAUCAGUAAAAGAUGGCUAUGCUGUCCGAGCUGCUGAUGGCCCAGGAGAUCGUUUCAUCAUUGGAGAAUCCCAAGCUGGUGAACAGCCAACUCAGACAGUAAUGCCAGGACAAGUCAUGCGGGUUACAACAGGUGCUCCAAUCCCCUGUGGUGCUGACGCAGUAGUGCAAGUGGAAGAUACUGAACUGAUCAGGGAAUCCGAUGAUGGCACUGAGGAGCUUGAAGUACGAAUUCUGGUGCAAGCUCGGCCAGGCCAAGAUAUCAGACCCAUUGGCCAUGAUAUUAAAAGAGGGGAAUGCGUUUUGGCCAAAGGAACCCACAUGGGCCCCUCAGAGAUUGGUCUUCUGGCAACUGUAGGUGUUACAGAGGUUGAAGUUAAUAAGUUUCCAGUGGUUGCAGUCAUGUCAACAGGGAAUGAGUUGCUAAAUCCUGAAGAUGACCUCUUACCAGGAAAGAUUCGAGACAGCAAUCGUUCAACCCUCUUAGCAACAAUUCAGGAACAUGGUUACCCCACAAUCAACUUGGGAAUUGUGGGAGACAACCCAGAUGACUUACUCAAUGCCUUGAAUGAGGGUAUCAGUCGUGCUGAUGUCAUCAUCACAUCAGGGGGUGUGUCCAUGGGUGAAAAGGACUAUCUCAAGCAGGUGCUGGACAUUGAUCUUCACGCCCAGAUCCAUUUUGGCAGGGUUUUUAUGAAACCAGGCCUGCCAACGACAUUUGCAACUUUAGAUAUUGAUGGUGUAAGAAAAAUAAUCUUUGCACUACCAGGGAACCCUGUGUCCGCCGUGGUCACCUGCAACCUCUUUGUUGUGCCUGCGCUGAGAAAGAUGCAAGGCAUCUUGGAUCCUCGGCCGACCAUCAUCAAAGCCAGGUUAUCAUGUGAUGUAAAGCUGGAUCCUCGCCCAGAAUACCAUCGGUGUAUACUGACUUGGCAUCACCAAGAACCACUACCUUGGGCACAGAGUACAGGUAAUCAGAUGAGCAGCCGUCUGAUGAGCAUGCGCAGCGCCAACGGAUUAUUGAUGCUUCCUCCAAAGACAGAGCAGUACGUGGAGCUCCACAAGGGCGAGGUGGUGGACGUCAUGGUCAUCGGACGGCUAUGACGGUCGCCCGUGGGAGAAAGCUUUGAUGCAUGUCCGCAUAUCAUUGACUGUAUCCUGUAAUAUGCAACGGCACAGCUAGUUUUUCUGAUUUGGAUAAAAGUUAAUCUGUAUAGUCAACAUCUUGAACUAUAUUUCAAAAGAAUUUAAAUACCUUUUAAAGAAAAAAACACCUAAAAAUAAAUCUUAACAGACAACUCUAUUCUGAUUAUAUCAAAGCAAAUUUUUCCUUUCUUGCAAAUUGCUUUGUGUGUUCAAUGCUAGGUCUGAUAGCGAUAGCUUUUAGUAGACAGCAGUAGGUGCCUGCAGAACUUGUGUUUUUCUCAUCUUUAAAAUACAACUACUUAUGCUCUUAAAUCAAGGCUGUCUGCUUAUUUAUACUAGCGUAGGCAACACUUGGAUUUCCCUUCUUAGUAUGCUUCAUAACUGCUUUACAGAGAGCUUCUGCUUGUUCUUUAUCAUGUAUCGUGUUUAUGUGCACAGUGCCAAACAAAGAGUGACCGGGAGGCGGCCCUGCCCGGCCUCAAGGAGAGCCAUCCCCGCAGAGUGUCCGGGGAGGAGCCUCUCUCAUCCCAGUAGCCUCGUGGCACAGUACUCUUGGGCAGUAACUGGAUACCUUUUAUUUGAACAAACAAACUGGGGGAAAAAAAUGCUUCCUUAAGUGCUGACAGCCUUUUUAACCAAUACAUUUAAAAUUGUACAGAACAAAAAAUAAAAUCAAAGACUGAUCUUGUACAGAUAUUAGUGUUACCAGCAUUCAUGUGGAAAUCAAGAGCAAAGAAAAAACAAUGUUAAACAACUCUGUACCAUAACAUUUUCUGUAAUGAUACUGAAACUUAAUGAAUAAAAAAAU